ACCCAAGCCCAAAAUCCCAAUACCCAAAACCCAAACCCAAACCCAAACCUGUUUAACCUAACAAAAAAAAGUGAAAUAAAAAUGGCCCGCGCCCCGCGCCCUAAGCCCGCGCCUUGCGCCCUAAGCCCGCGCCUUGCGCCCUGCGCACCAACACCCCUGCUCUGCAUCCUCACCCGAGCCCGGCUUGCUGCCUACACCUGCCCUGCACCGCACCCUACCCCCUAUCACCGAACUAGCCAUCAUCACACCCUCGCACACCUGCAACCUACCCUGCACCCAGCCGACUCCGCCUCCCUUCUCCUACACCCGUCGAGCCUACAGCAGCCUACACCCCCCCUCUGCGCCACCCCUCUUCUGCAACCAAAUCUCUCUGCGCCACCCUUCUUCUGUAACCGGAUCCUGCACCCCACGUGGCAGCCAACUGAGCAUGAUGGUAGACCAACGUCCUUUAGGGUUUCCUUUGAUUUUUGUAUAAAUAGGUGGUGUUAGGAUAGCUAAGGGGGGUUGUUUUGGUUCUGGUGUUGACGGCGGAAGAGUCCUUCUGUUUUUUUUCUGGUGUUGCCGGCGAAGAAAAGGAAAAGUUUUCUGUUGAAAGGGGCUCGAGUUUUAUACCGGAGGUUGACGGAGGGCUUAUUGGCUGUGUUUGCUUUUGUGUAGGUAAUUUUCUGAACAGGAAAGUUUUCUGGGAAUGGUGGUGAAGGGGACGAUGGGAGCCUGGUCCCGUGGGUGGGAUCCCUCCUAUCAGAUCUGGCUCUAUUUUUCCCAGAAAACUUUGCCGUUGAUCUGUUUGUUGAUUUUUCCUUUGUAUUUUCAUUUAAUGUUUAAGGUUAUAUGUAUUUUUCUUGAGAAAAUGAAUGAAAGAUUAUUUGCCUG